AGUUCAUAAAGUGAACAAAACGAAUGAAAUAAAAAACACACACUUAGAAAACGGAGCAACCGUGAGAAGUAAAAAGUAGUUACAAGUCAUACUGCUGCUACUGGAAAAAUUUUUUUUUUUGUUUAAAAACAACCGACUAGGCGCCGCUGCCAACCAAACCCCUCGCCCCGCUCGAGGGUACGACAGAAGUCAACGAAGCCACUGCCGCCAGCCAAACCCCUCGCCCCGCUCGAGGGUACGACAACCGCCAGCAGUAGCCGCCUUCAUCAACCAAACCCCUCGCCCCGCUCGAGGGUACGACAACCGUCAACGGAAGCCGUUGCCACCGACCGGCCCCGCGGCCCGCACGAAGAACAGAAACGUCACCGAAGAAGCAGCCAAUAAAAUAAACAUUCUAUGUUAGUAUGUAGAAAAAUUACAGUCUACCCAGUUCAGCACAACAACAAAAUUCUGAACUUCGAAAAUGGGGACUUGGUCGCCGAAUGCGCAACACGAAUCGUCAACAUCGGAAGCUGUAUGGCCACAGUAGGCGCUACUUUCUGCAAGGAACUGCAAGGCGACACCUGCCCACAGCAAAUGGUUUCUGGGGUCACUCCACAGUGAUCCACCCUACCUGGGCAUUUAGAUCCGGUUACCACAAUAGAUCAUGGUACGCUUAUCAUCAACGAUGCCAAAGUGACUAUAGUCGACGACCUUGGGCUUAAACAAGAAAUAUCCGGUUCGUACCUUGUAACCUACUCUAACAGCCUAUCAAUAAAUGGAACUUGGUACACUAACCAACUGGGAAGCUCAAGAAAGAAACCCGCUGUCUCAGCCAUGACCUUGGUAAACAUUACGGCCCACCAAAAUCGACUCAGUCUUCCGUUACUCCAUGAACUGAGCCUAACAAAUCUCCACCACAUCGGCGCUCUGAGAGAAAGGAUGACAACCGGAUCGUUUACCACCAAUGCCGUAAUUUUCUUCGCCGCUAUCUCUCUAUGCUUUGCGACCUGGCUCAUCCAUCAUCAUCGGACAGCCAAGCACAGCCUCAAAACUAGAAACAACUGCGACGUGGAGGCGACAGGUCACCGGGACGGCGACCACUUAAAGGCGGGAGGAGUUAACACGCGCAACCGAAAUGCAGAAAAUCUGCCGAAUUGCGCACCGGAUACAAUAGCCCACAAACGCAAGGCCAAAUUAGCUGACAGCGCAUUCCGGGGCUAACGCUGCCUGCCCAACUCCAGCACGCCUGCGACGAGUGAUCGUUGCUGGGCAGACACAAAGUGCUGACCCUGCACUAACGCGACUGCGCCGUCGCCCAAGGGAGGCCUGGAGUUGCAGCCGCGGUAAUUUAUCAGUCAGUCUAAAAUUGUACUCCGGGGCUUAAGCUUCGUUAUAAAUCCGAAUAAUUAACCUAUGCCCUAACGGGUGUAUGGAAAUAAAGGAAAUAUAAAAAUAUAAAGAA